GACUCGGCGAGCACCUCGGCUCCGCCCAGGCCCGCCCAGGCUGCGGCCUCCCGGCCCGCCUCCGGGACAGAGAACCUCUCCUGGGCGGGCUUGAGGACCCGGCCAACCCUCUCGCCUGUGGCUCAGAGAGGCGCACGCCGCCUCCUCCUUGCGGGGCCAACCGGGGCCUGUAAUUCGCGGCAGCCCCAGCCGCCGCGCGCCUCGCAGUGCGUUCUGGGAAGUGUAGUUCUCAAUAUACCUCAAUUACCUGAAGAUAGUCAGAGCCCCCAACAAUGGAUAAAUUUGUCAUUCGAAUGCCUAGGACCCAGAAUAGCCCGCAGAAGAAACACCUCGGUGGAAAGGUUUACAAGCAAGCCACGAUUGAAUCUUUGAAGAGAGUUGUGGUUGUAGAAGACAUAAAAAGAUGGAAAACUAUGUUGGAGCUUCCUGAUCAAACCAAAGAAAACCUAGUUUUAGCCUUACAAGAAUUAAAGAAGAAGAUACCCUCCAGGGAGGUGUUGAUGUCGACGAGGAUAGGUCACACUGUGAACAAGAUGCGCAGGCACUCAGACCCAGAGGUGGCUUGCCUCGCCAAAGAAGUUCGCACCGAGUGGAAAACUUUCUUUGAAAAACAUUUGGAUAGACCUUCUAUUGAAGUCCGAAGUGAUCCAAAAACUGAGUCAUUUCGAAAAAAUGCCCAGAAAUUACUCUCAGAAGCCUUGGAAUUAGAGAUGGAUCACCUACUGGUUGAAAAUAUUGAGCGGGAAACGUUUCAUCUCUGCUCCCGGCUCAUUAACGGGCCGUACCGGAGGACGGUGCGAGCUCUGGUCUUCACAUUAAAGCACCGAGCUGAGAUCCGGGAGCAGGUGAAGAGCGGGGCGCUGCCCGUCGGCACGUUUGUACAGACCCACAAAAAGUGACCCGAGGGCGGGCCCAGCGCCGGGCCGCGCUUCGCCACUCAAAGACUCUUUUGAGUUUGGGUGAUGCGGGUGUCAGCUGAGCUGGAUAUUCCCAUGGUGCCAUUCCUUCAGACAGAAUGUGGGGAGCCCUGGGAGAUGGGCCGGUGGGAGCGGCUUCAUUAGCUGCCUUGCGCUGGCGCUGCCUGACGGAUGCACAGGGCUGUCACUGGGAAGCGCCAUCCAGCUGCCGUCACCCAACACAAUGGAAGGGUGACAGGUUUCACUGUGAGCUUGCCAGGGACACCUCUAAACUCCCCAUGUCAGGCAGACGAAGUUACCACUUUAUUUCGCCACCCUGCAGGUAACUGAAACUCAAUUACCGCUGCUGCUCCCUCGGUUCCGUCCCCCUGAGUUUAGACAGCUCCGAUGCCUCUCAGAACUCCCCUGCCUGUUCUCUUUGCUCAACCCCAGGGGUGAGCCCACCGGAGCCUGAGACCAGCCCUGCUUUGCCAGCACUCACUUAUCUGAGCCUUUCAGCUCUCUCUGGAAGACCUCAGGGGAUGGGCUCCUGAGCCCCCAUGCUGAGGCUUCUAAUGAGGAGCUGGCCUGAAGCUUCAUGCACCUCGGGGUUUAUUUGAAUACAGGCUCUGUUGAAGAUGCAUAAUGAAAUUUCUCUUGCAGUGACUUACUGCAGUAGGAAAAGAUGCAUGCGUGAAGAUUUUCAAUGAAAUAUGUCUACAAGAGCCUGCUUGGGUGAUUAUGUAAAUUGUACUUGCUCUUUAAAAAGUGAUAAUAAACAGACGUACUAAAACAA